AUGGAUAAGUAUGAAGAUCCAAAAAGAGUAUACACACCAAAGGAUAUAGCAUCAGAUAUGAGGAAACAACAUGGUUUAACAAUGACUUACAUGCAAGCUUAUAGAGCCAAGGAAAAGGCAUUAAACAUGUUGCGAGGGGAUCUAACUGAAUCAUACAAUAAGUUACCGAGCUACUUUUACAUCCUGGAAAAGACAUAUUCGAGCUCAGUUGUUAGUUUGGAAAAAACAGCAGGAGACCGUUUCUUGUAUGCAUUUGUAGCAUUGGAACCUUGUAUUAGAGGAUGGGAGUAUUGUAGGCCUAUAGUAGUUGUUGACGACACCCAUCUAAAAUCAACUUACGAAGGAACUAUGCUAAUAGCAAGCACACUAGAUCCUGGAGGUAGUAUACUGCCAUCAGCAUAUGCAAUAGUUGAUUCAGAGAAUGAUGCAUCUUGGACAUGGUUCUUUGAGAGAUUUAGGAUAGCUUUUGGUGAAAGGGAGAAUAUGUGCAUUGUAUCAGAUAGACAUGAUAGUAUAUGGAAAGCUUCAACAUUAGUAUAUCCCGGGCUGACUCAAUAUGCAUGUAUUUGGCAUUUGUGGAAUAAUUUACUUAAGAAAUGCAGGGGAAAUAAAGAACAGGUCAGGAAACUAUACUUUGCAUUAGCUAAGGCAUACACUCUUCAAGAAUUUAGUGAACUCAUGGGAAGGCUGGACACAAUAGAUAAGAAGUUGGGUGUAUACUUAUUUGUUAGUGGGUAUCAUAAAUGGUCUCGGGUACAUGCAACAGUGAAGAGAACAUGGACGUUGACUUCAAACAUCGCUGAAUCUAUAAACAACAGCAUUGCCAAAGGUAGAGAAUUUCCAGUCUGUAAGCUAAUGGAUUACAUGAGACAAUUGAUUGAAACUUGGAAUGAAAAACACAGUGAAGAAGGGAGAAAUACAUUCACUGAUCUUACUAAUGAGUACAAUAAAGCUUAUGAGGAUAACAAGGAAUUAUCACACCGUAUGACUAGAUUUAGUGUGUGUCUUCGAAGUAAGAUUUAUAGUUGUGGAAGGUUUCAACUUGAUGAGAUACCAUGUGUACAUGCUUUGGCUGCUAUAAUGUACAGGCACCAAAAUGGAGAGGACUACUGCUCUGCCUACUACAACAAUAAAAAUUUCAAAGAUACAUAUGCCAUACCAGUGGAACCUCUUCCAUGCGAGAGUACAUGGGAGAUACCAUUUGAUGUGUUGGAACAAAUUGUUUUACCACCAGAUUCUAAAAGACCUCCAGGGAGACCAUCGUUGAAGAGAAUGAAACCAUUUUAUGAGGUGAAAUUUAAGAGGGCAAAGAUGACAUGUAGCAAGUGUGGCAUAGAGGGGCACAACAAGAAGACAUGUAGCAAUUUUCCCAAAUGA